AUGUCGGCGAAACGUUUGGGAAUGUACUCAGCCAGUGAUUCAAUGCUGGAAAUCACGAAUACUAUGACUGAGGACAUGGGACUAGGUUCGUUCCACAAGGUCUUCCUGGCGCUCCGACCAACAAUUUAUCUUCUCUACGCUAAGCUCGAGGAGGAGUAUGGACUUGCAAAGCGGGCAAUCCGAAUCUAUGAGCGUGCCACUGAAGCUGUGCCUCCUGAGGAACGCUUUGAGGUAUAUCUAUUCUUUGUUUCUUUUAUUAGUUUUCUUGCCGAUUGCAUUGCUAGAAAAAGCAAAUAUCAAUUUCUCUUUUAA